GUUGGGAUUUGAAUCCGGACUUAAUUGGGGAUUCUUCGCAGAAAAUCAAGUUCCACACGAUGACGGGAACUUCGCUGUUUCCGUCCAGCUUCGGCAUCAAGUACGAGUUUGUCGAUACGGAGCUCGGCGGUGAGCCGUACAUUGGGCAGAAGAGUGAGGAUGUUCCGCUGCUCUGUUCAAGGGUGUUCCGGAAACGUAAGGGAGAGUUUCAAUCGCCACGGAAUGUGUUCCUGCAUGGGCGGGGUGGAGCGAGUAACAUAACUUGUUUGUACCGGUUUGAGGCAUCCGUUGGGGAGAGGGUACGCAUCGAUCUGUUCAACGUUUCUUUCGGAGAUUCUGCCACGUGUACGACUGAGUCUGAUGGUCAUACAGGACGGGCAAAGUGUACACCGUCGGAAGCGGAUCCGGAUGGUCGAGUUGAAGAGCUUCGACUGUAUGACGUGCCGUACAAGGACGUUAAGAUUCCGUUGGGUUGUUUCUGUGACAACACGACCAGCUCGUACAACUUCCCUCUAACGUUCGUCUUGAACUCACGCACGAUGGAACUGACGUUUACUGUGACACGGUUGAACGUUUCGGAUGUUCACGAUGAUGUCCGCGCUGACCCGGUUGAUCUUCCACUCGUUGGGAGAUCCACUGCUGGAGUACUAGCACGACGACAACCAGAAGAUUGAUCCGGUUAAGGAGUGGAAGCAUAAGGUCAGCCAGGAAGAAGAUGAGGAGGCCGGAGAGCCGGAAGAAGAAGGCUCUGACGAGAAGGACACCGAGUCGGGCAAAUCGGCGGCCAAGGAGCAGGUCGAUCCAGAGAAGGCUUUCCAAUGUACUGUGGAUACUGACGGACGAGCGCAAGAACGAGCUGC